AUGGCGGAUCAGUCAGUCUUUCGAAUCACGAAGGAGCUGAGCGAUCUGCAGAAGAAUUCGGAUCUUUCUCUGGCCGUUGCUUGUCGCGAUGUCGAUGUGCGGAAUGUCAAGGCCCUCAUCAUCGGUCCCCACGAGACCCCAUACGAGUUCGGUUUCUUCGAGUUUGCGUUCAAAUUCAACAAAGAGUACCCUCGAAAGUCGCCCCAAGUGACAGCCAUAACCACGAAUGGAGGUCGCUGCAGGUUCAACCCCAACAUCUAUGCCAAUGGAAGAGUGUGCCUUUCUAUCCUAGGGACAUGGCGUGGGGAGCGCGGGGAGGAAUGGUCCGCUGCGCAGGGUCUGGAAUCCAUCUUGCUUUCGAUCCAGAGCCUGAUGUCAGCGAAUCCGUACGAGAACGAACCCGGCUUUGAGGAUGCGAACGAGGCCUCGGAUCAGAAGAACCAAAAGGAUUACGUCCAGAAGAUCCGCCACGAGACACUCAGAAUUUCGGUCAUCCAGCGGCUGGAGGAAUACCUCAAGAUCGGACCGGACGGUGUGGCCGCGGCUCCAGCGGCUCCGAAGGACGAGUAUGACCUUGACAUGGAUACUGUAGAAGAUGAGUCGAGCGUCCCAUUCGAGCCAUUCAAGGAUUUGUGCAAGCGCAGAUUUUUGUGGUAUUACGAUACCUACCUUGCCGCCAUCCAGAAGGGCAAGGAGGAGGUCAAGGACGGCACCGUCUUCGAGAAAAUGCCUUUUGAGGGAUCUAGCAACACCAUGGAGGGUAAAUUCAACUACAGCGAACUGGAGCGUCGGCUCCAUAACAUUAAGAAAGCCCUUGAUCAGGAAACCGAGACGUGGGGCCUAGAGGGGCUUAUGGCGAAAGCCAAGGACACCACCGUUGCCGUCAACCUGCAACGCCAGUUCGAACAGAUUGUUGAAUCCUUCAAGCGCGCCGACGUUCCGCACAAUCUCGAGUUAAUGGAUGGCAACCCAUUUACCUGGGUCUUGACAUACUUCGGCAAGCCCAUGACGAAUCUCGACGGAGGCCUCUUCAGGGCAAAGCUGUGCUUCAGCCCACGGUUCCCAGAGGAACAACCGAGGAUCAAGUUCGAGACACGCCUGUUCCACCACCGGAUUGCUGCCGACGGUACACCUUGCUAUGUUGUCCCUGGCAACCGUCGCGAGGACGUCAAGACCCACAUUGAGGCGAUCAUCGAAGCCCUGGAGGAGGAACACCCGCCUUACGACCCCAGGACAUUGGUGCAUCCCGAGGCGUUUAAGCUGUACUGGGGCUCGCCCGAGGACCGGCGCAUGUACAACCGGCGCUUACGUCGGUCGGUCCAGCAGUCGAUGGAGUAA